CGUUACUUUUAAAAGUUACAAUUUAUAAAAAAGCAUUUUUAUGAUGAAUGGACCAUCUCGUACAUAGAUUCUUCUCCAGUAGACUGAUCUCUCUCUCUUUCUCUCGUGUUCUUAUCUGUUUUCUUCUAAUUUCUGAUUCGAAUAUUUACUUUCAUGUACUGAGACAUGUCAGAAAAGAUAUUCAAUUAAUGAGCUGUAAAAUCCCAAAAAAAUUCAAAUUUCUCAAAAAGAGAAACCAUGCUCAUAGGUUAAUCAGUUUGCUUUUUGAUCAAAAGAAAAGGCAAAACUUGAUAGAUUGGUAAGAAAAUUACUACUUCACUUGUCCCAUAAGCAACAACCUUCCUAUAUCUUGUAGGCAUUUAUAGGCUUUAAACCCCACAAGCUUCUUCUUUCUUCUUCUCCUCCUUCUUCUUCCUCUUCCUCUACUUCAAGCCUCUAUAUACAUCAUUGUAGCCCUCAUCAUCAUCACAUCAUCAUCAUGCGAGUGAGAGAAACAAGAAAGGGUUUUGUAUUUAUAUUAAUGGUGAUGAUACAUAUAGUGAGCUGGGUUGGUGCAACAAGCAGGCCUAUUGCUUCCAGUCACGUUUCUUUUCAUCCAGAGAUAACAAGCCCACAGGCUGCAGAACACAACUCUAAAAGGCCCAUGUUGGUUCCCAAUGAGAAUAAAGAGAUAAAAGAAGAAAUGGAGAAAAGAAGAAGAAUAGGAUCAAAGCCACCAAGUUGUGAUAAGAAAUGCUAUGGAUGUGAGCCAUGUGAAGCAAUUCAAGUCCCUACCAUUUCUUCAAUUCCUCAUCUAUCUCCUCAUUAUGCUAAUUAUCAGCCAGAGGGUUGGAGAUGCCAUUGUGCUCCUUAAUUAAUCAUUCUGAAUUUUGUAUUCCUUAACUAGACACAAUUAACAUAUUAUCUAUUCACAUGUAUCUCUUUCCAAACUAUUAUCAUCACUCAUGAGUAUUUGAGACUUGUGUAGUAAACUAAAACGUUGAAGUUAUUUAAAAUGAAAAACAUCAAUCAACUUAUGACAUA